AAAUAAAAGCAAAUUAAAAAGAUAGAAACAGAGAAGCCGAGUACAUUGUGUCUCUGUGUGCAUGUGAUUCACAGUUCACAACCCUUUGUCUUGUUCUUUUUUCUGAUUGUUUCCUGAGAAAAUUUAGGAACAAAGAUCGCGAAGGAAAAUGGGUUUGAUUCAGUUUAUCAAAUCAAUCGAUUGGGAACAAGAAGCUUACCCUGCUUAUGAAGAUUUCGUCGUACUUCCUAUCUUUGCUCUGUUUUUCCCUUCUGUUCGUUUCUUUCUCGAUAGAUUCGUCUUUGAGAAAGUUGGAGGGCGAUUGAUUUUCGGAAAGGGACACCAAAUUAUGGAAAGUGAUACGGAUGAGAGAAGGAAGAAGAUCAGAAAAUUUAAGGAGUCAGCUUGGAAAUGCGUUUAUUAUCUUUCAGCAGAAAUUCUUGCUCUCUCUGUGACUUACGAUGAGCCCUGGUUUAGAAAUACAAGAAACUUUUGGGUAGGGCCUGGAGACCAGGUCUGGCCUGAUCAAAAAAUUAAAUUGAAAUUAAGGGGGCUUUAUAUGUAUGUUGCUGGAUUUUAUGCAUACUCUAUAUUUGCUUUGGUUUUCUGGGAAACAAGGCGUUCUGACUUUGGAGUCUCAAUGGGUCAUCAUGUUGCAACUGUAAUCCUCAUUGUGCUAUCUUACAUAUUUAGAUUUGCCCGUGUUGGCUCUGUUGUUUUGGCAAUUCAUGAUGCUAGCGAUGUAUUUUUGGAGAUAGGGAAGAUGAGCAAAUAUAGUGGUGCUGAAACACUUGCUAGCUUCGCAUUUGUAAUCUUUGUUCUAUCUUGGAUCUUACUGCGCCUCAUUUACUACCCUUUCUGGGUACUUUGGAGUACAAGUUAUGAAGUCCUUCUGACAUUGGACAAGGAAAAGCAUCCAGUGGAUGGGCCAAUUUGCUAUUAUCUGUUCAACACACUUCUAUUUUGCCUGCUAGUUCUUCAUAUUUAUUGGUGGGUACUUAUGUAUCGAAUGCUUGUCAAACAAAUCCAAGCAAGAGGCAAACUUAGUGAAGAUGUUAGAUCAGAUUCUGAAGAUGAACAUGAGGAUUGAUCUGGAAAGAAGAAAAACUGUAUUAAGGGGACACGUGAAGGGGUGGAUAACAGAUGGGGGUUUUUAGCCAUUGAUAUUCUUUUAAGCUGAAUGGAAUACUUAUCUCUAUCAGAUGACGGGCUUUUAUAUCGUUUUUGUGAUGCAUUACUGAAGCAUUUCAGGGAGUUCCCACUGAAAAGAGAAGGUUAAAUGUUGAUUUUGAUGUCUGGAUUUGGUACCUUCCAGUUCACAGAUAUGUGUGGUGGCUCACCAGCUAUUUGUUGUAAAAUUACAUGUUACCAUGGAAUUGUAAUUCAUCAACUCCAAGAAACUCUGCAGCCAAGUUGAGAGUUUGCUUUCAGAUUCAGUUUUUGUAGCCCAUAAACUAACGAGCCUUCUUAUUUUUUCUUUUGUCUAAUUGAAUCUCAUCACUUCAUUGUAAGAUCCAAGUCACCAUUGUGAGCAGUUGUUUAGUAAAUGGAGAUUUUAAGGAUUAGACUUUUGGUCUAAAACUCAUUAUUUUAAAAA